AUGCGUNGACGUGAAAAAUUCAAAAUGUCGGCGGAAGAGGACACAGAGUUGAGAGAUAUGGUGGCCCAAACGCUUGAAAGCAAAGGAGUUCUUGGAAAAAUCAGGGUAAGGAAAUGUGUAGUUUUAGUAAAAGAAGAAGUGGAGGUAAAAUCGUAGCAAUCAAUAUUGGUUUAGGGUUUUAACGUCCGAUUUCAAUGACGCAACUGAAAGUGAAUUUUUGUAGAAAAUAUUUAAGCUUAGAAUCAACUGCCAGCCGGUUUUUAUAUGGUACACUACAGAGCCAUUAAAAAGAAUGAAAUCGUUCGGUCUUCAGUGAGGAAUUAUGUUCUGUUAAGUAAAGAAAAUGUUCGCGCAUAACUUUGGCCAUGUCGUACAAGACUUUGAGUGGCAAUGGCAACCAAUUGCAAUGAGGUGGUUGAUUUUAAAUAGUUUUAUUUCUAUUUGCACAGUGACUGUGGGUAUUUUGUUUUCAUUUCUAUUGAUAUUUUUUAGGCCCAGUUAAGAGCCAGUGUCUUUCUAGCACUAGAAGAACAAGAAGGAGCAGAGGUAUGGAUACUAUUCAAGUUCUGUUAUAGACACCUUCAUUUUGUAGAUAGGGACACUUGAUUUUUAUUCUCAGUUUGCAUAGUCAGUGCACUCUAAUGUCUCUUAAAGAUACAGGGGCGUGGCCAGCCCAGGCCUACAAAUUUUUAGUUUCAUCACUCUUCCACGUGUAAUAAACAUUAUGCGUUGUUGGGGUGAGCUAAAAUGCUUAUAUUAGCUGAAAGUGUUGGUGAGGUCAGUGUGUACUAAUCAUGCGUGCAAUUUUCAGGAUAUGUGGAAAUGAAAGUCAGCCAGGCCUACAACUAGUCAAAAAGCUGGCUAUGCCCCUGAGACAUACCCAUGUACACCAAAAUACCACCGUAAAGAUCACAUACUUUUGUUCAGUUGUAAAUUGUUUUAAAGUAUGUACUGGGAUGUAGCUUAGGAAAUGCUAAGCUGCCUUAUUAUCAUUAUUCUAGCAUGGCUACUUACUGAACUGCACCUUCAAAUUGUUCCUCCAUGUCUUUCUUUACCAGAGGAAUUUGAGCUGGUGUAAGCUCAUUUUCAGCAAGCGAAAUUCAACAGGAGCUGUUUCUUCGCUACAUCCCUGUACCUGUGGUGUAAAAAAUUUGAUUUCACCAAUAACAUGUACAAUUGUACAUACAAAUGUUAUGGUUUUCAUGAUUUAUUGCUUUUUUAUCAGGGUAAAAUGCCACUCAUGAAUCCCGAUCUGAAGAAGUUUUUGAAUACAAGUGAAGGUUAGAAGCCGUAUUUUUGUCCUCUUGAUUAACCUAUUUGUUAUGACUAUGAAAGUUGUAAUCCCAUCUGUAGCAGUGACAAUUUCCCAUAAUGAUAAAGUUCCUUUUUCCUUGGUGUUCCUCAUUUUGUUCUCCUUUGUUACUGUUUUUAUUAUACACUGUACACUGUAGGUCGUCUUGUUACUGGCUUGGUCAGAGAAUUUCUGGAAUAUUUUGAACUGGACUUCACCAUUGCUGUUUUUGAUCCUGAAACUAAUUUUGUAAGUCAUAAACUUUAAUACUUUAUUGUCCUCCUCCUUUGAAUUAACUUCAAAUACCUUNACACCAAAAUACCACCGUAAAGAUCACAUACUUUUGUUCAGUUGUAAAUUGUUUUAAAGUAUGUACUGGGAUGUAGCUUAGGAAAUGCUAAGCUGCCUUAUUAUCAUUAUUCUAGCAUGGCUACUUACUGAACUGCACCUUCAAAUUGUUCCUCCAUGUCUUUCUUUACCAGAGGAAUUUGAGCUGGUGUAAGCUCAUUUUCAGCAAGCGAAAUUCAACAGGAGCUGUUUCUUCGCUACAUCCCUGUACCUGUGGUGUAAAAAAUUUGAUUUCACCAAUAACAUGUACAAUUGUACAUACAAAUGUUAUGGUUUUCAUGAUUUAUUGCUUUUUUAUCAGGGUAAAAUGCCACUCAUGAAUCCCGAUCUGAAGAAGUUUUUGAAUACAAGUGAAGGUUAGAAGCCGUAUUUUUGUCCUCUUGAUUAACCUAUUUGUUAUGACUAUGAAAGUUGUAAUCCCAUCUGUAGCAGUGACAAUUUCCCAUAAUGAUAAAGUUCCUUUUUCCUUGGUGUUCCUCAUUUUGUUCUCCUUUGUUACUGUUUUUAUUAUACACUGUACACUGUAGGUCGUCUUGUUACUGGCUUGGUCAGAGAAUUUCUGGAAUAUUUUGAACUGGACUUCACCAUUGCUGUUUUUGAUCCUGAAACUAAUUUUGUAAGUCAUAAACUUUAAUACUUUAUUGUCCUCCUCCUUUGAAUUAACUUCAAAUACCUUAAAAGAGUAACAAAGACCGUGAAAAUUCAUGGACUUAAAAUAAUUAGAACCCAAUUUUAUUUUGCAUUAAUAAUGUUGAAAUGCAAGUCUAUAGUACAUUAUCAAUUCCAAAGUACAAUUUGCAUGUUGAUGCUUGAUCCCCACAAGAACUGCAUAAUAUUAUUUUUUAUCUGAAGAAUAAAUUCUUUUAGGUUUUCUUAGAGCACAAUGUCAGCUUUGAUGUACCGGUAACUACUUUUAUCUGUCAUUUCCAGAGUGACAAGUACACAGGAAGAAACAACCUUGCAAGGGAACUUAAACUACAAGAUAUUGAUGGAAAUUCCAACCAACCUUUACUGGCUGAAGUUAUAAAGAGACUCUCACCCAGUACAAGUGGCGAGGUAUUUGUUUUAUAAUCAUGACUUUGAAACAAAGGGAAAUGAAAUUGAAACUAAGAUAAAAUUGAAAACACAACAUAUUACACAUGUACAUAAUUAAUUUUUAUAUGUUGUAGUUAAUUUUUUAUCUCAGGUAAUUUUUAUUGUUCCUUUGUUUCAACUUUUAAUUGUUCAUAAGCAUACAUUACCAUACCAAAAAACAAAAGAAAAACAAAAAUUUCCUGAGAUAAAAAAUUAACUGCGACAUAUUUAUACACUACCUAUUAACCCUUUCAAAGCCAAAUAUGACCAAAGGCAAAUUUCACAAAAAUCCCAAAUUUCCUUUUGUAAAUUUUUUUAAAACAAAUAACACUACAUGAACAUACUUCCAAAGAGAUUUCAUUUGCAUAAUCGCACCAUAGGGUUUUGUCCACAGACGUAAAAGUUAGAACCACCUCACAAACUCCAUCAUCCACUGUGGCAGUGAAAGGGUUAACUAAACUUUCAGAGCAGAGAGCAGGGUAGACACAGUCUGGUAAAGUCACUUAAUUUGCCACCCCUAAAAUGUGGCAUACAUGUAGGUUUACAUCUCAAAAUAAGUGCUAUUAUUUUGAUAUACACCUGUACAGUAUGAGCUAAGUACAUCUACAAUGUUGGUUCUCUAUACGUCUUGCACAGAGAGUGUUUUUCUCUGGCUUCUCUGGUUUUAACAUUUCCUCAAAUUAAAACUAACACUACUGAUUUUUAAUUUGAUUUUGGAAACAAGAACUCCAAUUAAAUAACCCUGUUUCCUGUACACUGUAUCAGUUAGGACUAAUGAAAUAAUUAAAUCAAUCAAACCUUCUGAUUCAUUGUCUGACAGUUAGUUUUUUUUUCUCACCUUCUAUAAAGAUCUCUAAAGAGGUAGUAACAUCACCAAGAAAUAAUGCACAGGAAAGUCCAAGAAGCACUAGCCCUCCAAACAUGAAAGUAUGUAUUUGACUUUUGUCCUCAGCCAGAUUUUGGGGAUCAGUAUUACUGUUAAUGUAAUAACCCACAAGAGUAUAUAGUGGGGAUAAAAACCCUUGGUCUCUGGUUAAAAGUUCAAGCUUUGGAUUUUCCUUUGAGUUCUUUUUUUUUUUUUUUUCAAAUUUGAACCACAACAGCUACAUCUCUUGACCAGUCUCACUCACCCUGGCUGUAUCGUUAUAACUUGAAUAGGUCAAGAAUGAUAAAGUACUAAAAUUUUCAUUGAUUUGUCAGUUAAUGUGUCGGGUGGCGUUAACUAAUGGACUAACUAAACAUUACAAUGAAAACAACAACUGAACUGUUUGUUACUGCAUAUAAUUAUUUUUAUUAUUCUAAGGAGGAUUCCAUAUGUCUGUGGCUCACCGGGGCCUUGUUAUUCAAUCAUCCACUGGGUAGGUCGCUAUCCAGUAGAAAUGUUUUAGGGAAACUAAUUCAUUGGACAGAGAUUUAUCCGGUGGAUAAUAUUAUCCACGUUUUGAACAACUGGGGCCAGGCUGUUACUUAUAAAAAUGAUAAAAAGCUCUGCUGCUUAAAUGACAGAAAUAAGGAUAUAGACAACUGUUUAACUGUGACAAUAGAUGGAUCGAAACGCACCAAUUACUGAUUACGAGUCUUCAUAGCCAAUAACAUCACGGCUUAACUGACAGACGACCAAUAACAUCACGACUUAAUUGACCAAUCAAAUCAAUAACCAGAGUAUAAUACCAUCAACUGACGUGAUACAACUCACUUUGACGCUGAAGAUGACUAACGCACAGGUUGUCAAAACACCAGUCACUGUCAACAACAACAGUCCUAUUCAGGACUACGUUCACCUGGACGAUCAAACUCAACCUACUUUUGAUUAUUGUUAUUUUUGUUGUUAUUAUUAGUAGUAUUGUUAUUAUUAUAAUUAUUAUUGUUAUUCUUAUUAUAAUUUACUAUUACAGUUCUAAUUUAAGCCAUUAUAACCCUUUGCACCUGUAUACAUGUAUGUUUGCUACCCCCAAGUUAUUAAGAAAUAUUUUUUUCUAACUACACCUCAGUGGAAUCUUAUCCUGUUCACCUUUUGAGCAUAAUUCAAACUAAGUGUAAAUUUAGUGUUACUUCGCAUAACUAAAUAUAAACUACCAUAAAAGGCACUAUUAUUGCACUACCUUCAUGUUGCCUAUAAAAGUUUAAAUUUAAAAAAAUAAUAAUUAACAAUUAUUCCACAAGUGCACAUUGGAUAUGAGAUGGUAAAUAGCCAAUGAGGCGCGUAACGCCGAGUUGGCUAUAAUUAUUGUCCCAUAUCCAACAAGCGCGAGUGGAAUAAUUGUUUUAUUAAAAAUGCCCACAAAAUAUCAAGAAUUCCUCCCAACUUUAUUUUUAAAAACAACCGUUUUUCAGCUUGUUUUUAAUUUUGAGCAGACGUGUACAGUUACCAUAUUUGGAGAGUAUGGUUUAAUGUCUCAUAUACCAUGAUAGCUAAGCCAAUCAGAGUUCUAGAAUUGCAUUAUCCAAUGAUUCAGUUUUUAAUAGUAAUACUUAUAAAUACACACUGUAGUAAUAAAACUGAAAUAGACUACAUUUUACUUUUAGUAGAGAAUGAAAGUAAAGUAAUGCAAAAUGAAAACAUAAAUACACACAUACACUGUAUUUAUUUAUUGUCUUUGUGUAUGUUCCUAGACCUUGCUAUCCAGUUGAGUUUUUAUUUAUAGACAAAAGCCUAUUAAAGUAUUCUUUGUUAAAGGUUGAUGAAGACUUUUCAGAUGUUGGUGAUCUUACUUCAGACACUGCAAGUGCUGAUGAUGAUAGCAGGGUAUUAAAUAUAAUAAAUAUUAAAUCAUUAAAUUUCAUUAAAAUUUUGACUGUGUGAUAAAAAUAAAUAAUUAUAAUGUCAUUUGCUAGCAAAGAAAAAAGUCAGUUAAGAUUCACCAAGUUAAAAAUAACUCAUAAUAUAAUCUUGUGUUUUGUUUACAUUGUACGUACUUCUAAAGACUCUUUACAAAUGCUUGUGUCACAAGCUACUUAUAUGAAAGAAGGAUUUGAAAGUUAAAACAAUUUUUGAUAUGUGUCCAUAAAAUUAAUGUAAAAUUGUUAUAAAGGAUGAUGUAUAAUGAAUAGCAGUACUUACUGUAAAGAAAACUUUAGUUAAACAUACAUGCACUAGGUGGUAAAUGAUCUUCCAUGUGAGGUUAGUCUUGCACAGCUUAUUUUGAGUCAAAGGUGUGAGAUAUAUAUCCUGAGAUUUUCAGGAUAUUUCCUUGAGGAACCAAUCAUAUCUAAAGAUUUUUCAAAGAGUUCGGAAGACAUUCCGAAGAUUUCUGAGGUUCUCAGUUCCAGUGCUUCCCUUCUAAAAUUAUUGUAGAUUUUUGGGGAAAGUAUGAUGAAUCAUUCCAAGGGACUCAAUUUAUAUAUAUUUUUAGAAAUGUGUCGGUAACUAAUGGUAAUAGGACUAAGUGGAUUCCAAUUCAGUCUGUAAUCAUAUGAGUGAUUAACAAAACUGGCGACCGCAUUUAGUGGGAGUUUGAUCUGUGCAAAUCAUGAGUAUGAUUACAGACCGAAUUGGACAACACAAAGUUCCGUUACCAAUUAAUCAUAACUAUAACAAAAUUUGAACACAAGAAAUUCUGAGGGUUUUUUGCUAGCAGUGAAAAGAAGCCAUUUAAGUGAGCGCACAAUAGCGCGUACUGUCCAAUUACUUAGGCAUGAUGUGUACUGUCCUAUUACACUGUCCUAUUAGUGGUGAAAUCAGGACAGUUGAUAACCAAUCAGAUUUGAGAAUUUUGUUAUUGUUAUGAUUAAGGUGGGAAUAUCUCAAGUUUUCUGCCAGAUUUUAGGUCCACAAGCAUACAUUGUAAGCUAGUGCGAGAUAAAAAUUCUCAAUCCUUUACAGCUGCCCUCAAAAACUCCAACCACAAGUUCUAUAAUUAUGCAAAAAAGUGUCAGGACCAUGCAUAAUUUCUACUCAACCUUUAAUAUGCUGAAUGUAGUUAUCUGAUGUAUAUGACUGUUCAGUGUUUAAUAUUUUGUCUUUAACAGCCAACUAGUCCAAGACCCAGCAAGAUUCCUCAAAGAGUAAGAGAUGAAAAAUCAAACAAGUCUGACAAAAGUGAAACACUGAACUCGGGUAAAGAGCAGAAUUCACUGUCAAAUUCAAGAAAAGACAAGAAUGGAAAAAGGUACACAUUUGUUUUUAGCCCUCACAAAAUUUAUAAGUAUAUUUGCUUUGAGUGUUAUGACAUUAUUUUUAUCCUUGAAUUCAUAAUAUUUGCUUGUCUUUUUAAUAACCUGUUGUAGAAGUCCAGAUGUAACCAUCGGCAGUGAUGAUGGCGAUGACAUAUUUGGUGAUGCACUGUUAAGAACAAAGUAAGUACAGUUUCUAUAGAAGUUUUCAUCUGUUAGUGUGGAAAAUGGAGCUCGGGUGAGCCUUCAACUUUGACUUUUACCCAACAGAACUUAGAAAUAACAAUUAUGGGAAAAUACCAACAUCUCACUUCAUUUUGAGUUCAUAUUUAGAUCUUGGAUUUUUUCUCUUGCAGAGAAGAUGAUAAAAAGGAGAAAAAGGCAUUGCCAUUGCAGUCAGGUGGGGAAAAAGAACUAAUAUAUUCCAAAAAUAAACCGGGUGAUAAAAAUUUAAAAAAAUGAAAAAAAAUACAACAGAUACAACAUCAAGAUCAGUAGUUUUUAAUCACUAGACAGUAAAAACAGAGUGACAUGUGAAAAUAACAUUAAAGUAGAAAGCAACAGAAUUUCCUACAACAAAUAGUAGCAAAUUUUAUUUGUCACAUAUCUACCUCAAUAUAAGUUUCUUUUAUUAACUAACUGUUAUUUUUUUCCUUCUUAGAAUCCAAGUCUGCUGGUGGACUGUCUUCUCUUAAGGGUGCUCCAUCACUAGGCAAUAGUGGGCUGGGUUCAUUAAAAGGAGUACCGCCAUUACCUGGCAUGAACAGCAACAACAAUACUAGAGGUAUGCAUAGUAAAAACUAAACAUGUAAAUUUUCUGUCAAGUGUUUCUUUCACACUAAUAUUGAAUAGACUUUUGGAAAAGCACUCUUACAGUAUAACUACCAUCAGACACUGUAUACAGCAUAUCAUAUUUACCAAACAUGGAUAUAUAUUGCUUAACCUGAACUGGUAAUGACAUUUUUCAAUUUAGGGGAUCUUAUUAUAUAUCCCGCACUGUAUAUCAUACAAGUUUACCAAGCGUGGAUAUAUUUAACAAUUAUUGUAUUCCACCAGUGCGCGUUGGAUAUGAGAUGGUAUAGGGCUGUCGCUAAAAUAUCGAGUUGCUGGGUAUAUGCUGUUAGUAUAGUAGGAGGGGAAUUGUACAGAAAGGAAGUUCUUUUGGUUCUAUUUUCCUUUUGUUUCCUAUGAAACAAUUACAUUGAUAACAGCUGCUAUAGUAGCGUUUCAUCUAUGCUUACUGAUUUGAACUGGCCUUCACUGCAGUCAAGGCGCAGGAUAUGCGAUGUCCGCAAGUUUUGUAAGUUUUUUUAGAGGUCAAGGCAACAUCUUCCGUCCCCAUGACCUUACCUCCGUGCCUGCAUAUGGCCAUAGAAGGGCGAGUCGCGACUUAAAGUUCAGGCUACCAUCCUCUUCAGUCGACGCUUACAAACACUCUUUCUAUGUGAGAUCAAGCCCUGCAUGGAAUGUGUUAUCAGCUGAUGUUGUUAGUUUCACAUCUUACCCAGAAUUUAUCCAAAGAGUGUCCACUAUUUUAACAUAUUAACUUAAUCACAUCGUUUAUUUUCAUACCAUGUAUUUGAACCACCACUGGCCGCUCCAUUGCCAGAUUAGCAUUAACGCUAUUGGCAAUUACCUUGAUUAAAGAUAAAGAAAGUAGCCGGGGCUCGCACUCAUAGUAGCCGGGGAACAUCCCCAGGCCCCGGCUCUUAGUGAGAGCCCUGUGGUAGAUAGCUAACGAGGUGCGUAGCGCUGAGUUGGCUAUAAUCAUUCCCAUAUCCAACAACAAGCAAAGUGGAAUAAUAAUUAUUACUUUAUUAAAAACGCCCAUAAAAUAUUGAGAAUUCUUCUCGACUUUAUUUGUAAAAACAACCGAUUUUCAGCUUGUUUUUAAUUUUGAGCAGACGCGUACAGUUACGAUAUCUGGAGAACAUGGUACAUGUACAAUGUUUCAUAUACCAUGACGGCUAAGCCAAUCAGAGCUAUGGAACUGCAUUAUCCAAUGAUUCAGUUUUUAAUAAUAAUGCUUAACCUGGACUGGAUAUAGCAUUUUCCAUACUAGGAGAAUGAGAUUUGAUUUAUCCCACACUAGCUGUAUAUCAUGCUUACCAAACAUAGAUAUGUUGCUUAACCUGGAGUGGAUAUGACAUUUUCCAAACAUGAAGAAUUCCUAAAUCCUGGAGUGAAAUUCUACUUUACCAGUAAUGGAGAACUUAGAUACCUUGCCCUGGAUAACUCACUCUCCAUUAUUGGAAAUUAAGCUGAUCCUGGUCUGGAUAAUCUGAUUUCCAUAGCUUUUCCAGCCUUGGAUUGGUAUGUUUACCUGCUAACAUGUAUGGAAUUUCCUUUCAACAACUUUGGAUAGCCAUGCUUAACCAAGGCUAGAAUAACUGCAGUUUUUCCAAACUAGGCGUUUGAUAGAAAACCAACAAAUUAAAAAAAAACACCAAGCAAAAACUGAGUUGGAAUUUUGAUAUUUUUCCUGUGAGAGAUGUUGGAACAAUUACGCUUCCUUGCAUUUUUCCAUAAACAAAUAAUUGUCUGCAACAAAUUGGUUUUCGCGGACCCCCUCAUCCCUUCCCUUCCCUUUCUCACCAGGGCACCUAUAGAAGGGCAUGAAUAAAGGAAGCUAGUCAAAAGAAUUAGCCAUAACCAAAGUAAAGUAUUUAUUACAGGAAAACACCUGUACAUUCCAACAUCAUUUUUUGUGUCUAUAUUAUUUUGGUAGAAGACUUCACAAAAUCACCAAAUUGGCAGGAUUUGGCUGAAAUUGACAGCAGGAUCAGCAAACUUGGAUUUGGUAUGUGACAUCAUGCUAUUGAAUAGAAAGUUAGCAGAGUGAAAUGAUUUUCCUGUGAGGCAAUAAGCUUGUUGAUCUAGUGCUCUCACAAUCAUCUGUUUCACUGGCAUUUAUUUUCAUAUAUUCACAGUAAGGGAUAUUUUAGGUUCACCAUUGUAUCUCUAAAGGACCCCUCCCCUCCCCUUUCAAAACCUGCCACUCAAGCUACUCCCAGGCCCAAUCCCCUCCCUACUACUGUCAAAAGAUUAUGUGUGCUUAGAGAACACAGUCCAGUGUUGGAUGCCCCAGAUGAGGAUAAAAGUACUUAGAAUAAAAACUGUAACCAAAUAACAAUCUGAGUUGUUUCGCUUGCCAGAUAUUCCUGAUGAAGAAAAAAAUGGCGAAGCAGCUGAUUACAAUGAUGAUUACGAAGAUGACUUUAAUCCAACAAGGUAUAGAUAUAUAAUGGUAUUUGCACUGCAAAGUGUUUGGGGACAGGAAGUGUUAAUUUUAACUGAAUACGUGUCUUUUACUUUUUCUUUUGAAACAGUGAUAUGAGCAUUCCUGAAGACAUUGAUGAGCAGCUGUCACUUAGUAGUUUCCACAGCGGAAGUGCCAAGGUUUGUUGUUUGAAGUUUGUCACCAAGGCGUUACCAUAAUCAAUGUCAUUUGAGACAUUUAUGGCCUGUUUACAUGCCCACCUGUCCUUGUAAUCUCUCAUUUUAAUUUGAUCACGUUUACAUGAUAGGUGGGGUGACCCGCCACAUGUUACCUCACCUUUCUGGGGUCCUCUAAGUAAACAGCCAGGCCCUUAGAGUCUUGUUUACAGUAAACUGCAGAUGUCAGCUGGCAGAUUAAAGUUGCGAAUUUCCCAAAGUAGAAAAUGUGACCAUAAAUGUGACCAUAGAAAGGAUGUUCCCAAGAUAACUUUCUUCUAACAUUAAGAUUCAUUUUAGUUUGGAAGUAUGGACUUGUAAAAGAUACAAAAUAAUGUUGCAAGUGCAACGAGCGAGGGACAUAACGAAUUUAGAGUAAACUUAGGGGUUUUUUCUAAAAAUAUUAUUGUAUUAGAAAAUAAACAUCGGUAUGGACUUUACUUUCUUUUCUGCAUUUCGCCUCCAAAUUUAAGGCACAGUUCUCUGGUGAGCGACCCCACACGACCGUGUUGUUCAGAGGCCUUCAAAAAUUGUUGGGGUAGUUUUUCACCUGCUUUGACAUUGCUUAGGCUGCCAUCGCUGUGGACAGGUCUAUUAUCGAGUUAUUGGCAAAAAGGAAAAAAAAUCUCUCACUACUUAAAAAGCAUGGGCGGAUUUAGGGGUGGGCCGAGGGGGCCGCGGCCUCCCUUUUUCCUUUAAAAUUUUGUAUUACUUUUGUAGAAUUCCGUCUCAGAAAAAUAAAAAGUAUCUAGAAUAGAGCUGUUAAGUGUUCCGGCCACCCCUUUCUGAAUUUUCUGAAUCCGCCCCUAAAAAGUCAGAGUGGUUGCUCGAAAGAGUUUUCCUGCGCUUUGCAUCAGCUACGUUUUUUUCUUUGAGGUUUGAUUGGUUCAUUUUGAUUUCUGUGUCGUCGUGAUUGGCUAUAAAGUUUGCGUUGGUUAGUUGGUUUGCGUUGCUUUGCUUUUGAUUUUCAAAAUUUGAAAUCGUCCAAACGUAAUACCCAUAAAUUGUGACUUGUUUUCCUAUUUUUACUCUAGUUGGAUGACCUUCUCACCACAGAUCGAACAGUUUCCCAAGCAAGUGGCGCAGAUCUAGACUUUGCAGAGGAUGUAUUAAACUUUUGA